UGGCUCUGCCUUCUGCAGAUUUCACUUCCCCAGCUCUGCCAGAGAUGGGUGGCAGAGAUAGGGAUGCUGUCGCUGGAGGCGGUGCUUCCCCCUUUGCACAAGGCUCUGUUCCACACACACAGCCCCGUGCCGCCCACUCCCUGAUGCUUGUUCUGUGUUCCAUAAGCUAACCCCAGCCUUGCUGUCCCCUUUGAUUCUACAAGGAGGUCUUUUGGCACCCACCACCUGGGGGCAAGGGGGUAACAAUUAGGUUGUCUCGGUGGCCCCAUGGGCUUCCACUGGAACUGAGGGCUCCUACUGAAAACAUCAUCACUGUCUCUAUGGUAAUGCCACACCAAGGAAGGUCUGGAAUGCAGCAAAGCACCUCACCAGGGUCCCCUGAGCUGCAUCAUUUCCUAUAGUGACUGCAGAGAUAUUAUCUGCAUUGAUAGCAGCAGCACUGUACAGUCAGUUCUGGGUGCAGAUCUCUCACUUCUGAAAUAGCCUUAUCUGCUUCCUUCUCCUGGCCACAUUUGGUUUUCGGUUGCUGGUGAGCAGUCCUGGGAGAGCCUUUCGUUUUCUCCUUUUUCCACUUCAAAACAUCUUCCCAAAGAACUUGAAAGCUGCUGGGAUCCUGAAGGGCUGCAGUGGGCUUCAGAUGCGUCCAAAAGAAAGAACGUUUCCUGGAUGCUGAGACAUCUGCGCCCCAUGGAAGGGCAACAGCUGGUUUGCUGCUGAGCAACGAGGAUGUGAAAUUCUGGAGGAGGUUCACACGCCGGGGAGGCACAGAGACAGCCCACAGCAGCACCGCGGGUGCCACAGAGACCAUCAGUGCCCAUGUACCCACUGGGCAGCCCGUGCCCAGCCAGCAGCCGCCCCACAGAUGCGCCCUCCAACACCAGCUGGGCGCCGGGCAGCACAGACGCGAUCUACAUCGGCGCCGAGUGCCUGGUGGCUCUGCUCGCUGCCCUGGGAAACAUCCUGGUGGUCUGGGUGGUGAAGCUGAACGCAGCCUUCCACAACACUACCAUGUACUUCAUCGUCUCCCUGGCGCUGGCCGACGUCGCGGUGGGGGUGUUCGUCAUCCCGCUGGCCGUGUUGGUCAGCCUGAAGGUCAGCAUCCCCUUCCAUCUCUGCCUCUUCCUCUGCUGCCUCAUGGUGGUCUUCACCCAAGCCUCCAUCCUCUCCCUGCUGGCCAUCGCCAUCGACCGCUACCUGCGCGUGAAGCUGCCUAUCAGAUAUAAAAUAAUCACCACAGAGAGAAGGAUUUGGUGGGCGCUGGGGCUGUGCUGGUCUCUGUCUCUGCUGGUGGGAAUAACCCCAAUGUUUGGAUGGAACAAGCGAGGCAGCGCCCACUACCACGCAUGUGAAUUUGUCUCUGUGAUGAGGAUGGAUUACAUGGUGUAUUUCUCGUUCUUCACGUGGACUCUUAUCCCUCUGGGCAUCAUGUGCGCUCUCUAUGUCGCAAUAUUUUCCAUCAUCAGGACAAAGCUAAGUCAAGGAGCAAGCAAUGCGAGAGGGGCGGGCACAUUCUAUGGGAAGGAGUUCAGGAAAGCCAAAUCUCUGGCACUUGUUCUCUUCCUGUUCACAGUGUCCUGGUUGCCUCUGUGCAUUAUGAACUGCAUUUUCUACUUUUACCCUGAAUACAAGAUUCCUAAGCCUUGGAUUUUCUUGGGAAUCUUGUUGUCCCAUGCCAAUUCUGCCAUGAACCCCAUUGUCUACGCUUGCAAGAUAAAGAAGUUCAAAACCACUUACCUUUUAAUUUUAAGGACCUAUAUCCUAUGCAGAAAAAAACCCAAAGCUAGACCCAGUUCUUACAGAUCAAACACAGCAGCAGUCAAAAACAUAGAAUGAACGUUAACCCACCAGCAUCUAUCAGACCACUGAUAAAAUGCUUUAAGGAACUCACAGGAAAAACGUGUGCUGUUUCAUCUGCUGUCUUACACAAACUGUUUUACAAUGAGGGGAAGACCCUUGUACACCGAUUCCCAUUUGACAUUAAGCCCAAGAAUUAAUUUACGAACUUCUGCAUUGUUGUAUGCCAGUAAAUUUGGGUUGGUUGUUGCUGUGCCAAGCCCAGACCUUCUCAGCUAAGCACCUGCCUCCAAGAGCACCUUCUGGUUCUUGCUUACUGACUUCAGCGUUGCUUGGCAGACCGUGACCCAAAGCACUGGGAUGGACUUUUUACUGCCAGCUGCGAUCCACAGACAGUAAGGAAUGCUGCAACAGUUCUUGCUAAUUUCUAGCUUUAACUCAAGCUCAACAAGUCUUCUACUCAGCAUUUUGCUUUCUCUUUACUUGCACACAACCACGCUUGCUUUGAUGUUUUGCUCCAGCAAUUCAAGUGCAGUUACAGCAUCACGUGGGACCUCCACCUGCAAAUGAAAGACUGCACCAGGACCCACCCCUACCCUUGGGUCUGUACAUACACCUCUUAUGUCCGUAUGUCUGUAUUAUAUAGUUUCAAAAUACAAAAAAG